AUGGUGAAGUUUCUGAAGCCGAACAAGGCAGUGAUAGUGCUGCAGGGUCGUUACGCGGGGAAGAAGGCGGUAAUAGUGCGAACAUUCGAUGAGGGCACGCGCGAGCGCCCCUACGGCCACUGUUUGGUUGCGGGGAUAAAGAAGUAUCCGAGCAAGGUGAUAAAGAAGGACUCGGCGAAGAAGACCGCGAAGAAGUCACGCGUCAAAGCCUUCAUCAAACUAGUGAACUACCAGCACUUGAUGCCCACGCGCUACACGCUCGACGUGGACCUCAAGGACGCCGUCGCCCCCGACGUUCUCCACGCCAAGGAUAAGAAGGUUACCGCCCUUAAGGAGACCAAGAAACGCCUUGAGGAGCGCUUUAAGACCGGCAAGAACCGGUGGUUCUUCACCAAGCUCAGGUUCUGA